CUUCCGCCAGAGGUCAGAGGUCAUCAUCUGGUCAACAAACAUGGCGUGCGCGUUGGCAGGAGAGCUGAAGUGUAAGGAUGGAAGAACGAACAGGUUUAAGGUGGAGGCGGAGAACAACCUGAGAUCCAUCAUCGGGGGAGUGAAGAAGCUGAGCGCCGAGAUUUCUGUGGUGCUGACGGAGCUCGUGGAGGAGGAGAAGAGCGCGGGGAGCGGACAGCACGUGCGCAUGCGCGAUGAAGAGGUAGAAGAAGACGACGAGGAUGUGGAUGGUGAUGAGAAUGGUGAAGAUGCUCCUACAGAAACCUGUGCAGAUAAACUAAAGUCUGAACCUCCAGCCAAACGUCCGAAGAGCAUCACACCGUCCUGAACACCAGCACCACUCUGUCUGAACCCUCAACAAACCCAGGAGGAUCUCCUCUAAAUAAACCCAGGAGGAUUUCCUCUAAAUAAACCCAGGAGGAUCUCCUCAUCUCCUCUAAAUAAAGCCAGGAGGAUCCCCCUCAUCUUCUCAUAAUAAAGCCAGGAGGAUCCCCCUCAUCUUCUCAUAAUAAACCCAGGAGGAUCUCCUCAUCUUCUCCUAAUAAACCCAGGAGGAUCCCCCUCAUCUUCUCAUAAUAAAUUCAGGAGGAUCUCCUCAUCUUCUCCUAAUAAACCCAGGAGGAUCUCCUCAUGAUUAAUAACUCAUAAAUACUGUGAGUGAGCAAAAAGUGAAAUAAAUAAAUAAAUAAAUAAAUAAAUGAAUAAAUAAAUAAACAAA